GCUACAUUGUGCCAGAGUACUACAAGUUUGACGGAUACCUGUCCCCAUCCAUGAACCUGAAGUUCGCUGAUGUGCCAAAUGGCUUGAAGGCACUGGCGGUUGUGCCCAAGGAGGGCUGGGCUCAGAUUUUGGCCUUCGCUGGCUUCCUGGAGUUGGUUGUGAACAAGAAGUCAUCCGAGCCAGGCAACUACGGUAAGGGCAACUUUGGCCUCGGAAACAUUGGAUUGGGCAACUCCAUCCAGGAUGCUACGACCAGGAGCAACAAGCUUAGCGUUGAACUCGCGAACGGACGUUUGGCAAUGAUGGCCAUCAUCGGCAUGUUCUUCCAGGAUGGCUUGACAGGCUCUGCCUGGGGUGACUGGGCCAACUACACCGACUCCCCUCUGC